CCCCGCCGCCCCGUCGCCCAUUCUCCCUGCCGUGCGUCGGCCGCCACAGUCAGCCUCGCGGCUCAACCACCUAAACGGCUCAUGAUGGAUUCAUUGUUAGAGUUGAGUUAGCGAAAUUCGACCGGUUAUUUAUCGUGCAAUUUCAAACUCUUACCAAAGGUUUUGUUGUUGGCACGAAGAUGAAGUCGGGAGUUUGACACUGUUCAAAAUUAUCUGAAACUCUGCAGAAAAGUGCAAAAGAUGCACCGUUGCAGCGCUUUGAACCCAUCACUGGAUAGUUUUGCGCCAAAACCCUCGAGCAUUUCUCCCUCUUCAAAUGGUCCACUAACUCAAAAUGAUAGACGGCUGAAAUUCUUGUUUCUUCGACGAUUUGCUUCUACAGAUGCGCGGUUCCAGUAUGCUAGACGCGCCAGAAGACUCAGAAUUAAUGGUUCGUCAAACUCGAGCUCGAAACCGGUACAAGGAGAACCGACUCCUCCCAACAGCUAUUCGAGAGUUUGAAGGAAGUUGAGAGAGAACGUAUGAACAAAUUGGAAGAAUUUGAAAGGAAGGCGAAUGUUCAAUUGGAGAGGCAGCUCAUGAUGGCAUCAGACUGGAGCAGGGCACUUUUGACGAUGAAGGGAAAACUGAAAGGAACAGAGUGGGACCCUGUGAAUUCUCAUUCCAUAGACUUCAGUGACUUUAAGAGACUUCUUGAUUCAAACAAUGUCCGGUUCAUGGAGUACUCUAAUUAUGGGCAGAUAGUCUCAGUGAUUCUACCUAAUAAAAAGGAAGGGAAAACUGAAAGUUCAGAAGGGGACAGCAAAAAGGAAAUUGUUUUCCGGCGCCAUGUUGUUGAACGUAUGCCAAUCGACUGCUGGAAUGAUGUUUGGAGAAAGUUGCAUCAGCAGCUUGUUAAUGUUGAUGUCCUGGAUGUGAACAACGUUCCUGCAGAAGUCUAUUCAAGUGUUGCCACUGCAGUUGUGUGGGCAAUGAGGCUAGCUCUUGCUGUUGGUCUGUAUGUCUGGAUAGACAGUAUGAUGAGACCAAUAUAUGCGAAGUUAAUACCUUGUGAUCUUGGUUCUCCUCCUAAAAAAAUAACGUUGCAGCCACUCAAGCGGGAGGCCCUUGGCUCAUUGGGGAAGAGUCGGGGUGUGUUUCGCUAGGAUUGGAGAGAACUUUGAAUUUUGGAAUUUAAGCAGUUUGAGC